AUGGAUAAAGAGUUAAAUGUUACCUUUCUAACUCUGGACUGGUACACGGAAAUUAACAACUACAGAUAUAUUUUAUUUUUUAUUAUGUUUACAUUAUAUAUUCUAAUAAUCUGCACUAAUUCUACUAUUGUGUAUUUAAUCUUUACUCAUAAAAACCUCCAUGAGCCUAUGUACAUUUUCAUUGCUGCUUUGCUACUUAACUCUGUUCUUUACAGCACAACUAUUUACCCAAAACUUCUGAUUGACUUUUUAUCUGAAAAACAAGUCACAACAUAUUCAGCCUGUCUCUUUCAGUUUUUUAUGUUUUACACUCUAGGUGGUUCAGAGUUACCUCUGUUGGCUGCCAUGGCCUAUGACAGAUAUGUGGCUAUUUGUAAACCUCUACAAUAUCAUAUUAUCAUGAGAAAAACUACUGUGAGUAUUUUCCUGGUUGUGGCUUGGCUUGUACCUGCUUGUCAUAUUGCUGUCCUAGUAAUAGCGAGUGCUGAAGCUAAACUUUGUGACUCUAAUAUAAAAGGAAUAUUUUGUAAUAAUGCAGUUUACACUCUUCAGUGUCAAAGAUCAAGAUUAAUUACUGUCUUUGGUGUGGUUACUUUACUAGAUAUUGUAAUACUUCCUAUGCUCUUCAUAGUUUUCACAUACACAACAAUAUUUAUUGUUUCUCAUCAAAGUUGUAAAGAAAUUAGGAAGAAAGCUGCAGAGACGUGUUUACCCCAUCUCUUAGUUUUAAUUAGUGACUGUUUGUUUUUUAUGUAUGAUGUAAGCAUAGCUCGGGUGGAACUAGAUUUUCCAAAAACUGUACGCAUAAUAAUGACAUUACAAAUAGUGCUCUAUCACCCUUUGUUUAAUCCAGUUGUAUAUGGGCUCAAAAUGAAGGAAAUUUCUAAACACUUAAAAGGCCUGCUUUGCGGCUCAGCCGGCAUCCGAACAGGAACAGCUGGCACCUUGACCUCGGGCUCAGGUCAAGCAGGCUCCCCUGGCACGGGGACCUCCACCGCUCCCAGCUGCAAUGGACCCCCAUUCACCUCCUCCAUCUGCGACUGGAGCGACUCCUCCACCGUUCCUGGCUGGAGCAGCCCUUCACGCAGCGGCUCGUCCUCCUCCAGCAGGACACUAUCUGGACGAGCUCCGCCCUUUUCUGGCUCGGACGUGGACCCGCCAUGCCGCCUCCCUGGUUUUGGCACCAGUGUGGUGUGA